UCGAUCUGUGAGUGAAAAGAUGGCGGCGGCAGGGCCCAGCUAGCCCGAAGCAGCGGCACGGCGAGCGCAACAAACCUCGAUAGCAGGCCCAAGAGAGGGCGGGGAAACGGAGCCCGUAACCCAGCAACAGCUGGCGGGGACAAGAAAGAAUGGAUUUUCCACAGCACAGUCACCAGGUCCUGGAGCAGUUGAAUCACCAGAGACAUCUUGGGUUGCUCUGUGACUGCACCUUUGUUGUAGAUGGCAUUGACUUCAAGGCACACAAGGCGGUGCUGGCUGCAUGCAGUGAAUAUUUCAGGACAUUGUUCUUGGACCAGAAAGAUGUGGUACACCUUGACAUCAGCAAUGCAGCAGGUCUCGGCCAGGUGUUGGAAUUCAUGUACACAGCCAAGCUGAACCUGACCUCGGUGAACGUUUUUGAUGUGCAGGCAGUGGCUGGCUUCCUUCAGAUGCAUGAUAUUGUCAGCACCUGUAACACUUUCAUUGAAGGUAUUGAGAUACCAGGCAGUGAUGGAAAGCAAGAAAAAGAGCUGGUCACAGAUAAUCCUGAGAAACAAAAGAAGGACCCAGCUGAAGAAGUGAAGGAUGAAGCACCAGUGGAAUCUGAGGACGACGAUACAACAGUGGAGUUUGAAGAUGAUGAAGACAAAGAUUACAAACCUGGAGACACAGUGAAAGAUGCUGUCUCGAAGAUAUAUGGUAAACGCCGGCACCUUCCUGCCAGGAAAAGCACUUCGAGUGACACCAAAGAUGCCAGUAUUUCAGAAAAUCCUGAUGAAGAGACAGCAGAAGAUGAAUUGAGUGAGUCAGAUAAAGUGGAGCAAGAUGAAGACACUGAGAUAAAAGAGAAUGGGGAUGCAAUGACACACAGUCAUGGAGACAGUGGGGGACAUUCUGAAUUCAGUGAAAAGUUAGAUGCAGCCUCAGAGUCAGAUGCAACUUUGGAGGAUCAGGAUGGUGCUCAUGACACCAGACGUCGCCGCUUUGGACCAUACAUUGACCGGACUGAGUCCCGUCCUUAUGGCUCAAUAACACACAAAUGCAAGGACUGUGGGAAAGAGUUCACACACACGGGAAACUAUAAGCGGCAUGUCCGCAUCCACACAGGAGAGAAGCCAUUCUCCUGCAGGGAGUGUAACAAAGCAUUCUCUGACCCUGCAGCCUGCAAAGCACAUGAGAAAACACACAGUCCUGUCAAACCUCAUUCCUGUGAAGAAUGUGGGAAGAGCUACCGGCUCAUCAGUUUGCUGAAUUUGCAUAAGAAGCGACACACGGGCGAGGCUAAGUAUACGUGUGAUGACUGCAGGAAAACAUUCACCACCUCUGGCAACCUGAAACGCCACCAGCUGGUUCACAGCGGUGAGAAGCCUUACCAAUGCGAUUACUGCGAGAGAUCAUUCUCUGAUCCCACUGCUAAAAUGAGGCAUCUGGAAAUGCAUGAUGCUGACAAGGUUCACAAGUGUCCGCACUGUGAGAAACGUUUUAAUCAGCUGGGGAACUUAAAAGCCCACCUGAAGAUUCACAUUGUGGAUGGACCCCUCAAGUGCAGGGAAUGUGGGAAGCAGUUCACCACUUCAGGAAACCUUAAACGCCACUUGAGGAUCCACAGCGGAGAGAAACCAUACGUCUGCCCACAUUGCCAGCGAGCGUUUUCUGAUCCUGGAGCAUUACAGCGUCAUGUGCGCAUUCACACAGGUGAGAAGCCUUGUAUCUGCAUCAUAUGUGGGAAAAGCUUCACUCAGGCGAGCUCUCUAAUAGCUCAUAUCAGGCAACACACCGGGGAGAAACCAUACGUCUGCGAUCGCUGUGGUAAAAGGUUUACCCAGUCCAGUCAGCUAGCCAAUCACAUUCGACACCAUGACAACAUCCGGCCACACCAGUGUCACAUCUGUAACAAGGCAUUUGUCAAUGCUGGUGACCUGGCCAAACAUGUCAUCAUCCACACUGGUGAAAAGCCCUAUCUCUGUGAUACAUGUGGACGAGGCUUCAAUCGUGUUGACAAUCUGCGGUCACAUGUUAAAACUGUCCAUCAGGGAAAGAUCAGCCUUAAAAAGCUCAAAACUAAAGAUGAGGAUGAUGAGGAAGAAAGGAAUGUUGUCACUGUUACAACAGACACCGUGGUCACCUUGGCAACUGAGGCACUGGCUGCUACUGCAGUGACCCAGCUAACUGUGGUUCCUGUGGCAACAGCAGUGACCGCAGAUGAGACAGAGGUCCUGAAAGCGGAGAUUACAAAGGCAGUAGAGCAGGUUCAGGAAGCAGAUCCAAAUGCACAUAUCCUAUAUGCCUGUGAUUCUUGUGGGGAAAAGUUCCUGGAUGCCAACAGCCUGGCACAACAUGUGCGCAUUCACACAGCCCAAGCCCUGGUCAUGUUCCAAGCUGACACAGACUUUUACCAGCAAUAUAGCAAUGGCAGCUGGCAAACUGAGCAUGUCAUCCAACCAGGAGAACUCCUGUUCCGAGCGCGGGAUGGGACGGAUCUGCCACCCGCUGUUGCUGAACAGACUCAAGUUGAGAGUUGCCAGAAUCCCUCACAGUGAGGGCGUGAUAGAGGUGGCCAGGUACACUGUGCAAGACGUGUAGGACAGUAACAUAAAUGCACUGCUGUUACAUCAACUAUGCUGAAUGCAACAAUGCAUCUGUGACUAAGACACUAAAGAACAGGAAGCUGCGAAACUCACUCUGUAACUGCUAUCCUUCUACAUGUAAAGAGGCUUUGUGCUUUUCUCAAAUCAAGUCAAGUUGUAAAAGCAGAAUUAACCUGGGCAACAACAUUGUGUAUUCACAGCUGCAGGACUAUGAUAAUGAUCGAAACUGACAGCACUUGCUGUUCAGUUGCCCUGUUACUGAAGAUUUGUGAUUUUUCUUCAUAUUGAAUGCACUAGGCCCAGCCCAGCAAGGGUUGGUGUUGGAGGGAAAACUUGAAAUUUCAGCACCCCAGGGAUUUGAACCCAUAAUUAAGAAGCAACAGUCAGUAUUAUGCACUACAUGGGAUCAGUCUAAUGCACUGUGAUCAAUACUAGGUGGUCACUCCAAGUGAAUUUCAGCACACACCAGAACUCCAAGUCCCUUUGUUCUGCACAUAUUGUGCAUUAUUUUUCUUUGCUGAAUGGUUCUACCAUUUGUGCUAUGUAGGACAAGAAGUGUUUCCAUAUUGUGAGACAGCCCAAAUAAUGGCCCAUUUUAAAAAUAAAGAAAAUGCAGAGAGCACGUUUUGGGCAUCAUCUUUGGUCAUCAGUUCUUAAAAGCACGACCCAGAAACAGAGUUGUUCAUAAUGCUACUACAGCCUUUCAGCGACUGGAACCAUGUUCUGCAAAGUAAAUGUUCCAGUGGCAGAGCUCAUUGGAGUAAAGACAAACACUAUUCUUGAUGAGUUAACACAAUCUGGUUACACAAUUGGUGCUGUUUGAAACUUGCAAUUUAAUGAUGUUUUGCUGCGAUUUCAAUAACAUGAUUUUUGUAACUGGGGCCAGUUCUGGAACUGGAAGCUGACACCACAUAGUAUUAGUUUCCUGUUGACCACUAUAGCGGAAGGAAAACUCAUUGACUUCGGAGAAUGCCUUCCCAUCACCCAUCCAUCCCGACCAAAUUCUAAAUCCCUGAAACUAAAACAAUUACUUUGAUGGUAUGUUUCAAACUGUAUUUUAGUCAGAAUUAGAGUUUGUGUUUCUUGCAAUAGAGGCUGCCUGUACAUUAAGGGGACUUUUCUCAAGCUACAUGAUUUCCAUUCCUUGCUCUCACGAUGAACUGCCAUUUUUUAUUCCCCAGCUGUUGCUGUCGUUUUCACACUGACUGAAAUUCGCUCAUUUUGCCAGCACUUGGCAUCAUUAAAUCUGUGUGAGAGAGAAUAGUCUGUCAUUUACCCAGUGUCUCUGCAGUAUGCCUUGGCCUGAAAGUUGAUGAUGAAGUGGUAAAAAUGUGACAUCUCAGUUACUUACCACAGCUGAAUCCCAAACAAAGGAAAUCAUGGUGCAGGAAUUUGAGAUCCCAAGUCUUUAAAGAUCCUCCAUAUCUAUUUACUGUCUCCUCAAGAAAUGAGUACAAAUACCAGAGAAAUGUUAAGGGCUCUGCUUUGGGUCCCACUUUUAAAAUUCCUGUUCUAAGGAACUAAAGCCUCAAGGGAAAUUUCCCUUAUGAUCUUGCCUUAGUUGGCCUUUCUCAUCAAUUAGUCCCAGCCAAAUAAUCUCAGUUGGAUGAAAUAAAAACAGAUAGUGCUGGAACAACUCAAGGUCGGGCAGCAUUUGUGGAGACAGAAAUUAAGUUAGUGUUGAAUCUGAUGGAACUCCUCAUUGAAAAGGUUCCCUCCAGCAUUUUCUGUUUUUAUUAACAAUCUCAGUAUGGCCUGUUUCUGCUAUGUGUCUCCUCACUAGUCUAAGAAAGACAUAGGAAUUUUCAGACUUCCCCUGGGUUGCAUGCAAUCUCUGGUAACUGAAAUGCUGAUCUUCAAAACCUGAAUCUUAGGUAAACGGUGCAAAAGGAAAGAGAAGUGAUUCACAAACUGUUUCUUCAAGGGACAGAUAUUUGGGUAUUUUUCUAUAUCUGCAGAACAACCCGCUCCAGUUGCAGUCACUUUCUGUACAUGGUAUAUAGAAUUUGUUUAAAAAUUGACAAUUAUUAACUUAUGAAUAUUUGGUUUUUCACUCACGACUUGCCAAAUUUUUCUUCUGCUGGAAUGGGCACUUCUUUUUCUGUAAA